UCAAAAGUGCAUCGCCCACCUUUUCACUCCUUCUCUCUCUCCGUCUGUUACUCUCUUAACACAAACGCACUUCGACCUCUCUUCUUUAGAGAUCUUCUCUGCUUCCCUCUGAAGCUUUUUACAGGACUCGGCUGCUCGCUCUUCUUCUGGUAAAAGACUGGAAGACGCUCUAACCAAGUCAGCGAGCUCGUCAGCAUGCGUUGUGUGAGCUGGUUGUUGCUGGGGACCUGCCUCCUGGUCCUGGGCCCCGCGGUGCAGGGAGCCCCGGGCCAGUGCCCCAGCCCGUGCCACUGCCACGGGGACCUCCAGCACGUCAUCUGCGACAACGUCGGGCUGAAGAAGAUCCCCCAGGUGUCAGAGGUCACCCGUUUGCUGAACCUGCAGAGGAACAACCUGGGCAGCAUACUUACGGGGGCCUUCGGUGAAAGCAAGGGACUUAUCUCUCUGCACAUGCAGCAUUGUCAUCUCCGAGAGAUUGGAUCCCAGGCCUUCAAGGGGCUGAAGAAGCUCAUCUACCUCUACCUGUCCAACAACGACAUCAACAGCAUCAAGCCCGGCGCCUUCGAGGACCUGACCGAGCUCACCUACCUCUACCUAGAUGGGAACCAGAUCAGCGACCUCGCUAAGGGCAUCUUCUCCCCCAUGAUCAACCUCUUCAUUCUGCAGCUCAACGACAACAAGCUCCGGGAGCUGCGGCCGGGGACCUUCGCCGGUGCCACAGACUUGCGCUGGCUGCACAUGAGCGGGAACGAGCUGACGACCCUGCACCCGGGCUCUCUUGACGACGUGGAGAACCUGGCUAUACUUCACCUGGAGAGGAACAAGCUGUCCACCUAUCCCAUUGUGGCAAUGAGCAAACUACGAGUGGUGGAGGAACUCACGCUGGGAAAGAACCCCAUGAGGACCAUCCCAGACUUUGCCUUCCAGAGCUUUGGGCGCUACAUGGAGAACCUAUACCUGGACAACAUGGGUCUGGAAAAGUUCUCAGAUGGUGCGUUCACUGGUGUGACGGCGGUCAAGUCACUGCACCUGGACAACAACAAGCUAAAGUUCCUUCCCAAAAGCCUCGGGUUUGGCACCCUCACCAACCUCACGCUCUCCAGCAAUCCAUGGAGCUGCACGUGCCAGCUAGCUCCAUUGCGCAGGUGGAUGGACUCUAGCCGCAAUCGUCCGGACGCAGUGUGUGCAUAUCCACCUCAGCAGAAAGGACAGCAAGUGAGAGACAGCGCCGCCUUAAGCGGCUGCAAAGUCAAGACAAAGAGAGCCAAAAAGGGUCCACGUCAUUGAACACGCAGCUGUACAGGAGACGCCGAGGAGGAGCCUGUCCAGGUGACUGGCUACACAUGCAACGAAAAGCAAUGCUAACUCAUUCUACUUCAAGGCUGUCCAUCUAUUCAUCCGUCAAAUAUUGUCACUUGUGUCAACAAACACAUUCAUAAAUACACUUGCCCUCUGUCUGUCUCUCUCACACCCAAACAUAUCAAGAGCUUAAUUUUCAUUUAUUUAUAUUAUAGAUAAAGACUUAAGUUUGAAGUGGAAAAGUGCAACAUUAAAGUAACCACCAAACAAAGGAUGCAGUUUGAGUAAAUGAAGGCUACAAAAAGCAUUAAGGGCAAAUAUGUUGUGUUUUCCUGGUGCGUUCAGGAUCUCAGAGAACAGUGAAUACAAAAAGUCUGAAUGCUCUUCCCUGAGGAGAAAGUUAUCUUCGAAGUUAAAAGUUCAAAUUCUUGAUGAGCAUGAAAAUAAUGUAAACUCAAACCAGAUGAGCUCAAAGGGAAUGUUUGACAUUUUGGGGGAAAUUAUGCUUAAACUUAGAGAGAUAUGAGAAGAUCUAUACCACUCUUCAAGAUCAAGGUCUUGAAGCUACCAGCAGCCAGUUAGCUUAGCUUAGCACAAAGACUGGAAACAGGGGGAAACAGCUAGCCUAUGUCCAACCUACCAGCACCUCUAAAGCACACUCAUUUACACGUUAUAUAUUGUUAAUUUAAUCCAUAAAAGAAUUCAAGUGAACUCUUUACACACAGUCACUUGAUCCAUCAUUGAUAGACAAAAAUAAUGAUUAGUGCAGCUUUAACAAACUGGACAUGAAGUCUCCUUUAUUUUGGUGGUUACCUUUAUAAACAAUGAAUCAGCUAUGGCUCCAAAAAAGAUAAAGAGGCAGAGAAAUACAUCCUCUAACACUCGCUUACCCUCUUUUCUACUUUGUGAUGUCAGUCUUACACCCUCACCGACUGAGAAAACCGAGAAAGUGACCACAAAAAGGACGAAACGUAGAGGAAGACUUAUUUCUCCAAGAAGUUUAAGAGACAAUAAGACUUUGAAGAUGUAGGGUAUUAUUUGAUGAAUCAUAGGAGGAAAUUUACAAAUUGUAUCUGUCUUUCUUUUCGUGCCAUUUUCCCCAUAUGAAGGUAUUUUAACACUCCAAGGAUCUUUGAAACUUUACCUUUUUUUUUUUUUGGCUCCGCUAAGAAUGUAGACACGAAUAAGUCUAAAGAGAUUAAUAUGUUACGUGUUGUGCUAUUUUCUAUUUACUUUAAUGCAAAAUAUUUUUAACAUUCUUAACAUUUUCUCAACAUUUCACUGAUUUAAAUUGUAAGAAAAAGUGAAGAAUUUCUUGCACACCAACUCUGAGACUGACUGACUGUUGACUUUAUGUAUAUCUAAUGUAUAUUCAUAUCUUUACAUUUCCUUGACUUUUGGAAGUGCUCACAUACAAUAAACUUUCUACAAAAUUAA